UGUCCUGUGGACCUGCAGCCUCCUCCACAUCCAUGGGCUCACUUUUCAGCCUGAAACCUUGACCAGAGGAGCAGCCAACACUUGGCGCAGAAAAACUCCGUGUUGUGUCGCCAGCGUCAUCUGGAACCUCCAUCUGUGUCUUCGUCCCAGUAACGGUGUUGGUGUCUCUCACUCGGCCUCCUCCUGCUACCAUGUACCCCAGGGUGAUUCUGAAGGGAACCAUGAUCAAAAAAUCUCAACAAAAGAAAAGAACCUCACCCUGUAAUUAUAAGGAGAGAUUUUUUAUGCUGGAUACAAAGGAACUGAAGUACUCUGAGCGCCGUCCAGGGAAAAAGCCCAUGAUGAAAGGCUGCAUUGAACUUUCCAGAAUUAAGUGUGCAGAGAUCGUGUGUAGUGACGUUCCCAUACCGUGUAUCUAUAAGUACCCGUUUCAGGUUUUUUAUGAUAACUAUUACCUCUACAUAUUUGCCCCUGACAAUGAUUGUCGCCAGAAAUGGGUCAGAGCCCUCAAAGAAGAGACCAAACACAACAACUUGGUUCCCAAAUAUCACCCCAACUUCUGGAUGGAUGGAAAAUGGCGAUGCUGCCAACAGACAGAGAAACUGGCCACCGGGUGUCACGUCUACGAUCCAGUGGGAUACGCUUCCAAGAAGCCCCUCCCUGAACUCCCCGCCGAAGAGAUGCUUGACUCGGGACAGAAGACGGUGAUCGCCCUGCAGGACUACGUCCCACAGGGUGACGAUGACCUGCCUCUUCAGAAAGACCAGGAGUAUCUGCUGAUUAAGAGCUCUCACCCCGAGUGGUGGUCGGUGCAGGAUAAUCUGGGAAACGUGGGCUUCGUGCCUCGUGCCUACGUGGUAGAAAAACUGGUCAACAACUUGGAGAGAUUUGAGUGGUACAACACAAACACAACACGAGGGGAAGCAGAGAGGCUGUUAAUGAAUGAGGGAAAAGAAGGAGCGUUCAUGGUCCGCGAGUCGAGGCAGCGUGGCGUCUACACCGUGUCUGUCUUCACCAAAGCAGCCGGGUCUAAUGGAGAGAAGAACCCUCGGGUGAAACAUUAUCUGAUCAGACAGACAGACACAGGAGAGAAUACCUUCUACCUGGCAGAGAAGUAUCUGUUCAGCACCAUUCCUGAGCUCAUCCUCUACCAUCAACACAACGCAGCAGGUCUCAUAACACGUUUAAGGCAUCCUGUCUCUCAGGACGGAAACUGCUGCAGGGAGUCAGCUGAUCCUGUGGAAGAUCAGUGGGAAGUCGAACCCGAGGAGCUGAACCUGGGCCAGGAGUUGGGCAGCGGUCAGUUUGGACUGGUGCUGGAGGGGAGGUGGAGGGGGAGGAAGGUGGCGGUGAAGAUGAUAAAAGAAGAGUGCAUGUCGGAGGAGGAAUUUAAAGAAGAGGCCAGAGUCAUGAUGAAGCUGUCCCACAGUAAACUUGUCCAGCUCUUUGGUAUCUGUAGCCAACAUUCUCCCAUGUGCCUCCUGUUUGAGUUCAUGGAGAACGGUUGUCUGUCAGAUUACCUGAGGACCAGAAAAGGUCGUCUGUCUCCGGACCUGAUGUUGGGCAUGUGUUUGGACGUCAGCGAGGGCAUGGCGUACCUGGAGAGUUCUGGCUUCAUCCACAGAGACCUGGCAGCCAGAAACUGUCUUGUUUCAAAGAACAAUGAAGUGAAGGUGUCUGAUUUUGGCAUGACCAGAUUUGUUCUGGAUGAUCAGUACACCAGCUCACAGUGCUCAAAGUUCCCUGUCAAGUGGUCUGCUCCAGAGGUCAUCAGAUACUGCAAGUUCAGCAGCAAGUCAGAUGUCUGGUCCUUCGGUGUGCUCAUGUGGGAGGUCUACAAUGAAGGUCGUCUUCCCUACGAGAACCGCUCCAACACGGAGGUGGUCGAGUCCCUCAACUCAGGCCUGAGGCUGCUGAAGCCCCGACUGGCCCCCGAUGCUGUUUACCUCCUAAUGGAGUGGUGCUGGAAGGAGAAACCAGAUGAUCGUCCGACCUUUGCCCAACUCCUGCAUGAACUGGCCUCACUCUACAGCCUGUAGAAAAGAAAAGAAGAAAUGUUUUUAUUUAUUUAAUUUAUUGCUUUAUCAAUUGUAUAUAAUUUGUCUAAUGUGAUUUUUGUUGUUGUUGUUUUAUAUGGCAGCAUCCAGUCUCUGGACAAUGCACUUUCUUUUUUUUCUGUGAAGGAGAAUUUCAACACAGCAGCUGCUGAAUCGGACUUUAUUUUGACCAUGGUUUAAAAUAUUUUCUACAGUUUUGUUUUAUUUUUUAACAAAAGGAAAAUCGCUUUUAACUGUGUUGAAUUCUUUAAUAAACGCCAGGUCUUUCAGUUUGACUUUUGUAACAGAACUAAAUACGAUAAUUAGCAUCUGCUAACACUGAAACGCCUCGCCAGGCUAACCAAUGACGUCAGUCAAAGCUAGUCGCUUAAAAAUUAACAAGACGCAAAGAAGUAUUUGGGAAUUCGACGAACUCGGUUCGUACCACAUUCUGUUUAUAAAAUAUAUAUAUAAAUGAGGUUAUAAGCAGUGUGCUGGCACUAUUUGUUUAUCACUUAAGCCUCUAUUUAUUUUAAACUUGAAUUAAUAUUAAAGCUAAAAUGAGGAAAAUGAA